UCAUGACGUGCCUUUAGUUACGAGAUGUCCCCAGGCGGUGUCAUUGACAAGUGUCCCUUUUAAAAAAAAAUAAAAGAAAAAGUGUCAUUCCUUUAGAAGUUGAAAUGUGAAUUCUGAUUCCCCCCAUCUGAACACUGGCAUAUUUACAGGUACGAGUUUUUCAUGUUAUUCUCUGCAUAUUAUAUUGUGAAAUCGUCAAGAUCCUCGGCUCUUUACUCUUUGCACUUAUUUUUGUUCCAGAGUGACUGAAAUUGUGUGUUAAUUCUAUUCUAUGGUAUGAUUGAAACGGCAACGUUGUACGUGUAUAAUUAUUUAUAAUCAUGUCUUUACUUUCAAAUUUCAAGAAAAACUCCACAUUGCCUUCAUGUGACCACCAGUCUCUAACCGGCCCCCAACCCGGCUUCUGAAGUUUCAAAAUGACCGUCAUUAAAACAUCGUCCGUGACAAAGCUCAUGGGCGAUGGGCCAGGAUUGACCGCAUUGAACUUCCCCCCUGAUUCUGGAUCCCCCUCGCCAAUCGGAAGUGUUACGCCAUCCCAGGUAACUUCCCCAAGUUUUUUAUAAUAGUCCAAAAUAAAGUGGUUUUUUUUUGUUUUUGUUUUUUUUAAAUUUUAACUUUUAAUUACGUCUGAUUGGGUUUGGGGGGGGGGGGUGAUUGCAUAGUUUACUUUUACUGUGUUUCUUGACCAGCGAGUGCCAUACAUCUGCCACUGGCACGAUGCCUACAUGUUAAAUGGAACUUAAUAACUUAUUGGAACUACUAGCGACAUGCUGCCUUCCUAUGGAACUGUCAGAGGGAUUGUCUGCUUAUCUUUACACUUGACACAUGGUUUAAAUCAUUUUUAAAAAAAAUGGAUAUGCUAAGUACUUCAAUCGUCAACUAACAAUAUUUAUGGAUUUGCCACUAGGAGAGCCUGGCCGCAUUUACAUAAAAGUUGCCUCGUGCCCAAAGUCUAAAGCAUCUGCUUGUCUUGAUAUUUAGCGUCAUGGUUCUAAGGGAGAGUGUUAUUCCUUAUAUGAGUUUUGUUAGUGCCGGAUCAACUUCAAGAAGAUUAAAAGAAAGAAAAAAAGUUAAGUCACACACAUGACAGUUAAACAGAACUGAUUUAUUGUGUACGUGUAGCCUAGGAUGCGUUGGCUAAGAGAACCACAGUAAUCUCUAAUACUGAAUUCCUACAGGGAAGCCAUGCCAUGUUGAUACCUAGCAUCACACAUGCCAAGGAUGAUGCCAAAUCCAAGAGGAAGAAGAUCCUAAACCAGACCAAGAACUUGAACCAACAGCGCCUGAAGAACAUUCUCUGGCUCCUCUUGAUCACUUCUCUGUUUGCCCUGAUUGUCUGUGUGGCUAUUACAUUGGUCAAUAGUCUACAUGAUAACUUUCUUUUUAGAGGUAAUUAUAGUGUUAGGUACAAGCGAUAAGUUAUUUUGGUUCUGUUGUUUCAUUCACAUUCCAUGCUAGUGCCCGUGUGCAAAGGGUUCCAAGCCACGUAAACGUGAAGGGCAAUGAAAGAGCGGGCACGCUGGUGAAAACAGGGACUGCCCAGUGCCAGCUAGAAACACCGGUCACUUAUCGCGGUGUCAAAAACUGGCUAGCGGACCACUUUAAGGACAAAGUGGCACGAACAGUGGGAAGACAGUACGGAAGCCAGAGGUGUAUAUGCCGACAUCCUAGCAGAACGGACUCCCGGUGGAAACUGGGUCUCCAACACCAGAGUCUGGUGACCCAAAUGUGAACGGAACAUUGCCCUACUAACUCAUACUUUAACAGGAAAGACAACAGUGACCUGACCUGCCAGAAUUUAAGCUGGCCCCAGACACAGUCUGCUGACUUCGUGCCCCGCACUGGAUGUUGCAGGGGAGGCCACGAUGGUGGGAGAUGCCUACAUUCAGACAAUUUUAUAUGGCACUGCCCAACAGAUGGAGCAGGUUGAUACUGGACUAGCCGGGUCUUUAAGAGCGUAAGCUGGAGCGUCUACCAGAAUAUGUCAUGUAUGUUAGUUAGUUAUGUCAUAAAUAACAAAGUAUGUGACCUGCCUUCUUCCUUUAGCACAGAGUUUCCCAAAAAAUUUAGCACAAUAUUGAAUUUUUAUUUACAUUUGUUGAAAUUAUUUCAGAAGUAAAUGUUAUUAGUGUUUUUUCAUAAUCAUCCCUCAUACUAGCAGGAAUAAAAAUUGUUUUUUUGUUUGUUUUUUUUAAAUUGAAAUGUGUACUCUGUUACUGUCGUUAACAACGAGUAACAUUUUUUUAUCUGAUGGUUGUAGAACGAGGAACAUCAGAGUCCGUUAUCUGCCAACCAUCUGGUAAAUGUGAAACAAAAAGCAAGAGGAUGAGAGAUUUUAAGAGCAUUGAGGUAGGGUUCUAAGCAAGAAACAUUACAUUUUAAUUAUGCUAGUUUAAGGAUCACCAUUUUUUUUUUCUUUGUUAGAAGGAAUUGUAUAGCUAGAAAUGUUAUUGCCAUGUAAAAAAAAUAGCCAUGCUUAGGCCUACAUGUAAGUAUAUUUCAAUAAUUUUUUUUAAAGUACAUAACUAAUCUAUAUCAACCACAAUUGUAAAUGGUGAUAUAUUGAUGUUUUACAAAUAAGUGAUUGCUUUUAAAUAUAAACCAGAUGAUUGAAACUAGAAGUGAAUCUGAUGGACAUCGAUGCAUUCAUCGCAGGUCAAUUAUGGAUGAAGGGAUAGAUAAUUCUGAAAUCAUACAUGAUCUCAGGUAAUUGCGAUGUAAAAUAUGAUUUAAAGAAAAUUAUUUCCAUUGAUUUAAUUCAGUUCAACACACAAAGCAGUGCUUUACUAAUUAAUUGAGUUCAGAUAAUAAAAAAAAUUAAUUUACAUUAACCAUAGUUAAUUCAUGACCAAUGUCAUUCAUUCAUUGUGACUUAUUUAAAUUCAGUGUUUUGACAUGUUUGUGUCUGCACAAUGGUUAGGUGGCUGGACAAUUAAAUAUCAUACCUGGAGAGAAGUCUGCAUAAAGCAAGAGUUAUGAAAAAUGUCUGUUAAUUACCAAUUAUAACUGGGGUUCUUCUUGAUCCGUUUUUUGUGCCCCUUUGGCAGGUAUCUUAAGUUUAUGGACAACAAAAUAUUAAUAUUUGAUUGUACAUAGAGAUCUAGGUGCUUUACAGUUCACUGAGAGCUUGAAAUAUGUAAUUGUUCAAUUCGAGAUCUGAGGAACUAUUGAUAACUGCAAAUUUUCCAAGUAUAUGUAUAUUUUUAUCUUGUAUUGGACAUAGUCUAGUGCUAACAGUUCCAUGGAUAACAAAGAAUAAAUGACUUUAAAACAUUUUAAUAAAUAACUUUUUAAUCGCUCGCAGUACCAAGUGGUCAGCUAUAGUGGAACAUGAUGAUCAGAGAUGCCUGAUUUUUGACAUGAGGGACCUAGAAGUGUCAGGAUGUCCCAAAGAAUACCCCUGGAGCCUUGACAUGAGGAUAGGGAUACCGGUCUGCAAGACGUCACUGGAUCAGAUCGCUCCCAUUAGAAGAGUGCUGCGUCACAUACUGGAUGACAACUUGCAGAACACCACGUUUGCUGGCUACCUCACGGCCAAAUUAUGCUCCUUGUAUAAAAGUGCAGUUGUGGACAAAGUCAUUGUACAGUACUUUGAUGCUGAUAAUAACAGGAUCGUCAAACGUUCUGUACUGGCUCAUGUUGAAGAAGAGAAAGGAGGAUUAAAUGAAGGUAAGAAAGGUGUAGCAAAGCAGAAACGUUUGAGGAGGAAACGCAGUGUUAAGAUGGGCAAAAAUCUCAAACGGCUAACUGGUAAACAUGAAGAAGAAAAUUCUAUCAAAAGGGUUUACCGUAGCUUGGAUAGAAAGUACCUCUUUACAGCACCAGAUGAUGACAGAAGGCAGAGAAGAAAUGCAGGCAGAACUGCAAAGAUCCCUGACAGAAAAAAACACAAGCCUCGAAUUAAUAUAAAGGCAAUCCGAUUAUUCUACACUAGCAGGAAGGCAAAACCCAAUGAAAAGACAGGUUUUGAGAGGAAGGCUCACAAUGCAAAUAGCAAUAUCAAAUGGAGUCGGAAGAAUCAUCCAUAUGGACAUUUGAAAUGGCCAAAGUCUACAGGGUUCAAAAAUAGAUCGAGGGCAGCUCCUUAUAAAGGUGAUAAAAUAAAUCCUGUUGUGGGUGGAUUGCACAACAAUGGCCGUAAAACAGUGCCACAGCGCAAACCCCGUGAUGACCAAGGAGUGAUGCAUAAAAAACAAAAAUAUGAAACGAGGGCCGACAGAAAUGUUGAGAUGAACAUCAAGGGCAAAGACAUCAACCCCAGAGAGAAACGCUCCAUCAUUGAUAAGAAUAACAAGCCCAGUGAUGCAGGGGACCACGGUGAUGCGAAAGCUAAGAAAGGUAAGAACAAACCUAAAAUGUUGCUUUCCAUUAGAGCAAAUACUGCACCAGAAAAAGUAGGAAAUAAAUCUAACCACAAAUACAUCAAAAAAGAACAGAAGCAAGCUCAAAGUGGCCCAAGAAAGUCUGUGUUGGAAGAUGACAUUAUAUUUGGUCACUAUAAUCCACAUAUUCCUGGUCACUGGGAACUGGUCUAUUCAGAGAUUGGCAGAAAUGGCAUAGCGACACUAGCUCACAAACUUCAGUUGCCAAACAAUGAGAUGGAGAAAAACAAUGAGCACCUAGCAGUCCGGGAGAUUCACAAUCUUAUUACAGCUGCUGUGGAGGCAGAUCUUCAUAAAAUUCUUGAGGAGAAGGAAGAUAAUGAAUUACAUCUUUGAGGUACAAAAUAAACCCCCAAAACAUUUUGUAUCAAUGGAGGAUGAAUGACCUUCUUAGCUAUUAUUUAAAAACAAUUUUUUUGUUUUGCAGAGGUUAAUUUCCCAAUCAACCCAGCCAAAAUUAGUUUUGUCCCUCACAUUAGGACGAAAGGUGCUCUAUAAUUUAUUUUAAAAAAAUACAUAAAUGAGUUUUAACAUUUAAUAAAAGAACUGGAUCUCAUUAAGACUCAAUAUAUAAAUUAUUGUCAUUGCCCAAAGGGAAUCCAGUAAAUAUAACAAAUUUGUAAAAUAAAUCAUCAGGAUGAAAUUAUCUGAUACACAUGUGUGUCUUCCAAUGUAUAUAUAUAUAAAUAUUGCUC